UAUCAGCACAUGAAUGACCAUACUUUUACUGGUUAAACUGGCUACUUAACUAGCCUCUUUGUCUGAUUUCAUGCACGUUUGUUGUAAACACAUUUAAGAGUUAUCACGGAGUCACCUCAUUUGAAUGACAUGAUCAUCUAUUACUCUCGAAAUAGUAUAAAAAAGACAGCUGAAGACUUGCUACAGUUUGAGCAAAAGAAUGAGGCCAACUCAUUUGCUGUCUACCAGUACUGUGCUAAUUUUCUUAUCUGCUUUGAUAUUGGAGACGAAAGUCAAUACAAGCGAAAUCUAUACCAAUAUUACCAAAGUAUCCAGUAAUACAACUGGACAACAAACGGGAACACGUUUAUUACAAGGAGAUUAUUCAUCAUUACUAUGCCUUAGGUUGUAUAGUGAAAUAAAUCUAAGAGGUUCUUGGUAUGAUAUGUGCGAUAGCAAUGAAGCAAUCUCACGAAAACAAGCAUGGAAUACAAGAUCUGCGUGUUCACCUGAAAUGGUUUGGUAUUUGCCUGCAAGAUAUUGGGCAUUGUAUGAGCGACCUGAAUUCUAUGGUAGAUACCUUCUGCUUAGCCCCGGUCAGUGUAUUUAUAAUAUUCCACAGUAUGGUUUGAAAAGAGUCAGCUCUAUUGUGAAAUGUACGCAAGCUUCAGUAAAUAAUCCUUCUCUGCAAUGUCUGUAUCCUCCACUACCAUGGAAUCAACAUUUUCCAGUGUCUCCAUCAGCUGCCCAACAGUUAUCAAGCAGACAACUACCGAAUUCCUCAUUCCCAGAACCAUUGCGGCUUAGAUCGCAACCAUCACCAUUAUCACUUACCAAUCUCACAGUCUUACAAGAAGGCAGUGUUAAUUCAAAUAACACUGGAGUGUAAAUUUCUCUUAGAAAUAAAACUUCCCAAUUAUCCGACAUAAUUAUUAUUCAAAUGUUGUUUUACAAUAGUUUUGCACAGUAUUGAUACACAGAGAAAUUUUCAGACUUGUAUAUGCCGUAACAAUUUAUCUCCUUUUACAAAUAAUUAAAAAAUUAAAACAGAAUCUGACCUGGUUACAACUCCUCCCUCCCGUCCACCAUGCAGUGACAAAAUCAACACGAAUGUGAUAAACAAGUUCAACACACACUGAUUAAACCAACAAUUUACACUUGAUUUUCUUAUCUUUACCAAGUGACCAAUUUGACAACGAAAAAUUACUCCAGACUGACGAACGAUCAUCAAGUUAGUAAACUUUAUUUUGAUGUCAUAACAGAUGUAUUAUUACCUUUGAUGUUUAAUUUAGUAAUCUUCAUUGUUAUUUUGACUUUCAUUAUGUCCUUUUAAGUUGAACUAAGCCUAUUUUCUCACCUCUUAACUCU